AUUGACCAACACAUCUUGUGUCCUCUUCUUUCUCCAUACCUUGUUGUUUUUAGAGAAGUUUUUUAUUUAAAAAAAAAGUACUUAAUUUUGGAGGGGGAUUCUCUCUCUUACAUGAUUUCUGUGUUCCAUGAUCCAAACGAUGAUUUCGCGCAAUAUAUAAAUAAAAAUUGAUAUCCAUUUUCCCCAAAUUAUUUUAGUUAAUAAUAAUUUUAGUUGGAAAAAGCAAUCUUUGGUUCCUCUACCUCCUCCCCCCCCUCUUCCCCCUCUCCCUCCCCCGUCUCUCGGCGGAGGCAGGCGAGCGAGCGAGGGCAUAUCCUUUGGCGCGAAGUCAAAGAAGUUUGUUCGAAUUAAUAAACAUUUCGUAAAUAAGAUAAAAUAAGAAAAGAAAAGCAGGUAGGGGAGGAAGGGAAGAAGGUUAACGUGCAAUGCAGGGAAACAAAGAGACGAAGGAGGAGAGAGAGAGUUAAGCAUCAAAAGCCUUUGGAUGUUGUUGCACGGCACAGAUUCCUAGAUCCCUCCACCCCUCCUGCAAUUCUCAACCCAUUUUCCUUUUCUUUUGCCGUAAUUUAUUCUUUUUAUUUAUAAUAUUUAUUCAUACAUUUCUUUCUUUCUUUUUCUCUAAUCUUUCUGGGUUCUCUCUAUUCCCGAAAUUCAAUAUUGGAAGUUGUGAUUAAAUUGAAUUGGAUUAUUGGGUUUGUUGGUUUUUUUAUCAAAAACUAGAAAAGCAAAAAAAAAAAUGAUGGAUCAGCUGGGUUUGUCUGCAUCACCUUACUUCUCUGGGGAUCUUCAAUUUCCUGCCGACAGACAAUCUCCAUUCUGGAACAUCAAUAACUUCGGUAUGAAGACAGAUGCAAUUGCUGGCACUUCAUGCGGGAUUCCUGUUGCUGGAUCACCUUUAGAGAAACUAGUACAUGUGGAUUCUCUAGCAACCAAUGGUCCUGAAAAUCUUGAAAAGACCGUCAGCUUUAGUUUGCAAAGACAUGCAGUGGGAGCAGAGAGAGCUCUUAGUCGGUCCUUGAAUUUGUGGAGUUCUAUGGACCUUAGUCCUGUCGCUAGAUCAAAUCCUAAUGCACAACAGUCAUGGGAGAAGAAUAAAACAAUAUCUCACUAUGAAAAUGGGCUAUUUUCAAGUUCAAUGUCUGAGUUGUUUACCCGAAAGUUGCAACUAUCUUCAAAUGACGACUUCCAUGGUCACUCUGGUGAUACUGUUGCCUCGCACUAUGAGGAGGAAGAACCUUUUCAGUCCCUUGAGGAAAUUGAGGCCCAGACCAUAGGAAAUUUGCUUCCUGAUGAUGAUGAUUUGCUCUCUGGAGUUGUUGUUGAUGGGAUUGAAAGUAAUAUUCAACUAAGGGGAGAGGAUAGCAUAGAAGAUUUGGACCUUUUUAGUAGUGUUGGAGGGAUGGAUUUAGGAGAUGAUACAUCAUCUGCAGUACAAAGGAAUUCUGAAUUUCCUUGCAGCUUUAAUGGACAACUUACUGGAACUAGUAUCUCUUUUAAUGGGGAACAUCCUUAUGGAGAACAUCCGUACCGCACUUUGUUUGUGAGAAACAUAAAUAGCAAUGUUGAGGAUUCCGAGUUGCAGGCUCUCUUUGAGCAAUAUGGAGAUAUCCGCACCCUGUAUACAGCUUGCAAACAUAGGGGUUUUGUAAUGAUUUCAUACUUUGACAUUAGAGCAGCAAGGAAUGCAAUGAAGGCACUUCAAAAUAAGCCUUUGAGACGAAGGAGGCUUGAUAUACAUUACUCAAUCCCAAAGGACAAUCCUUCAGAUAAGGAUGUAAACCAAGGAACUCUUGUGGUAUCUAACCUUGAUGCUUCUGUUACAACCGAUGAUAUUCGUCAGAUUUUUGGUACUUAUGGAGAGGUUAAGGAGAUACGGGAAAUCCUACACAGAAGUAACCAAAAGUUUGUAGAAUUUUAUGAUGUCAGAGCCGCUGAUGAAGCUCUCUGUGCAUUGAACCAAAGUGAUAUUGCUGGUAAGAAGAUAAAGGUUGAGCCAAGUCGUCCUGGAAAUGCAAGACGAAGUUUAAUGCAACCACUGCCCCCAGAUAUGGAGCAAGAGGAAUCCAGUCUUCGUGGACAGCAAAGUAGUGCUGGGAUUUCAAUUGGCUCCAUCAGCUCUAUUAGCAUGGAAAGCGAUACUAGUUGUGGUACAAGUGCUGGCAUACAGGCAACUCUGGGUUCAUUCGUAGAUAAUUCUGCCUGUCAUGAAAUCUCUUCUAGUGUCCCCAAUGGCUUACCAUCCCUUCUCAGAGCUGAAUCAGGAAGCUAUCAAGCUGGGCUCUCUGAGUCUGGAAAUUUAGCCAGCCAAGUAAAUUAUGAUUUUCGAGGCCUGCCAACUCUUUAUCCUUGCUCAACUCCGAAGUAUAGUGAUGGUUUAGCUAAUGGUGCUUCUUGCAAUUCUGACGGUUACGUGCCUGCUACAGUUAGUUCCCUGCCACAGGAAAGGGUUGAGAAUAAUCACUUGGGCCGAAUAAGCUCAAAUGUCGAAAUGUGUAACGGUUUUUCUACAUCUUGGAAUGCGAGCGGAUCUCUUCCCGGGCAUCAGUACAUGUGGAGUAAUACUAAUCACCACCAACCUCCAGCUUUCGUGUGGCCAAACUCCCCUUCGCUAUCAAAUGGGUUUUGUAGUCCUCAAAACCAACAUCAGCUUCAUGGAUUCACUAGAUCACCAUCUCAAAUGCUGAACUCAAUUCUACCCCAUCACGUGGGAUCGGCACCAGCUGUUAACUACUCUCUUUGGGAUAGGCAAAAUUCCUAUCCAGGGGGGUCGCCUGAAGCAUCUGGCUUCCACCAGGGUCCAGUAGGGAAUAUGAGACUUUCAGGCGGCCCUCUACACCACAUGGAUUUUGUUUCUCAUAAUUUGUUUUCUCAUGUCGGUGGAAACAGCUUGGAUCUACCAAUCUCUUCUAGAAAUGUUCUGAAUUCCCAUCAUCAAAGAGGCAUGAUUUAUCCCCCCAGGAACCAGAUGAACAUGGCAGGCUCAUUUGAACAUCAUGUUGAACGUGCUAGAAGCCGUAGAAGUGAUGGCUCUUCCGCUCAAGCUGACAACAAGAAACUAUAUGAACUUGAUCUUGACCGCAUUAGGCGGGGGGGAGACAAUCGAACCACUCUUAUGAUAAAGAAUAUUCCUAACAAAUAUACAUCCAAGAUGCUUAUGGCUGCCAUUGAUGAACGCCACCGUGGAACUUACGACUUCAUCUAUUUACCAAUUGAUUUUAAGAACAAGUGCAAUGUGGGUUAUGCCUUUAUCAACAUGAUUGAUCCUAGCCAUAUCAUCUCAUGCUAUGAGACAUUAAAUGGGAAGAAAUGGGAAAAGUUCAACAGUGAAAAGGUUGCAUCACUUGCUUACGCUCGCAUACAAGGGAAAGCUGCUCUUGUUGCUCAUUUUCAGAAUUCUAGCUUAAUGAAUGAGGACAAGCGAUGCAGACCUAUUCUUUUCCACAGCGAUGGCACCAAUGCUGGUGAUCAGGUGCCGUUUCCCAUGGGUGUUAACAUUAGAUCUAGACCUGGUAAAUCAAGAUCCUACAAUAAUGAGGAAAAUCAACUAGAGAGCCCACCUAAUGUUGUUAGCAAGGAAGAAUAUUCUUGUGGAGAAUCAUCUUCAAGCUCGGGAAAGGAAUCAGAUUGAGCAGUGAACUAAACUUAAAAGUCAAAAGUGUUUUACGGAGGAAAUGGAGAGGAUGAAGAGGGAGAAUUAAAGAAAAGGAUGUGGAUAAAUAGACCAAAGGGGUGAGGUGAGGCACUGGUCAUGCAGUCUUUGCACGAUUAAUAUCAACAAUAAUAAGAUAAAUCUAACCAUACGCGUUGAGAGAAUUUACUCUCGGUGCAUGUAAUUAUGAGGAGAGUUAGUAAAUGGAGCAACAACUGGAGCUUCGAAAUUUUGAUUGGUGUUGAGUCUUAUAAAUACACUGUAUUCGUAAAUAUAUACUCUCUAGGUGUAUAUAAGUGGUGAAGAUAGAAGAGAGCUCUACAGCAGCUGGGAGAAGGUUUCCUGGGCUGAACUCCUUUUACUGAUUUUCCUAUUUUUAACUUUGUAUCUUGGCAUUCUUGUCAUUAUACCCUUCCGAGGGUAAAUUUAUGAAAAGACUUUUAAUUUGAAAAUUUUGAUUCCAUUUUUUCA